CAAGAAGCAAACUAGCUUCUCUCUUCCAUACUUCCAACGCAUCACGUUCUUUCCAUUUCCCUCGCCGGUAAAACAGAGACCACACAGAAAACACGACCGACGAACAAGAACAAGAAAAAUGUCUGCGACGACUGCGAUUUUCUCUCUAACGAACUCUAAUGCCGUCUCCACCGGAUUCAACAGUCGAAAGCUCCAUUGCAAUAACGCCGUAGCUAAAACCACUUCGCUGAUGAAGCCUUGGCCUCUUUCCUCUAGAUUCUCCCCUUUGAUUUCACCAACUGUUAAAUCUUCGGUGUCCAGGAGGUUCGACACUCUCAUGGAGUGGCAAGAAUGCAAAGUGAGGAAGAAGGUGGAAGUGCCUGUAUCAGUUGCUUACGGACUCUACUCCGAGAGAGAGGCGAUCCCUAGAUGGAUGACUUUCAUUUCAUCCGUAAAGGUGCUGAAGGACAAAUCUGAUUUGUCUCGAUGGACACUGAAGUAUUCAGCGUUUGGUCAGAAUCUAGAGUACUCUUGGCUCGCUAAGAACUUGCAGCCUCUCCCGAACCAGAAAAUACAUUGGAUUUCUCUGGAAGGCCUUCCCAACAGGGGCACUGUUCGGUUUUUCCCGCAAGGACCUUCAUCAUGUGAAGUGGAACUAACCUUUGCGUACGAAGUUCCGCUGCUACUUGUACCAUUUGCAACAGCGCUUCAACCGCUAAUGCAAGGAAUGAUUAAGGAUAGUUUGGAGCUAUUUGCAGAGAUUGCAAAAACCACAAAGACCACUUAGUUAAACAAACACACAACAGCAAAAUUAUCCACAAUACAUAUAUAUUCUCAUUGUUCUUACAAGGAAUUUGCAUAGAGAAUUAUUGUCAUGACGACAGAGUUAUCAUUUUUAUUUUUUUAUACAGAAUUGUUCAUGUCAAGAAAUGACUUUUUUUAUAUAAUAUAGUCACUACAUUUUAAUC